UCCUGUAGGAGUCGGCACUCUCUCUGCCGUGAUCGAAGUGGUAUCCAGUGUCAAACGUUGCAGACUGAACCUCGAGCAGUUAUCUCACCGCAGUUACUAGCGUUUGCCGUGCAAGGGAACACAUUUGCAGGCAUGCCACUUGGGAAAGAGCGAAUCCUCCCCAAUGAUCUGUGUGAAACUGUGCCAGUGGUGAUCAUCGGGAAUGGCCCCUCUGGGAUCUGCCUGUCUUACUUGCUGUCAGGAUACACCCCUUACUUAGCCCCGGGAGCGACUCACCCAAACCCUCUCUUGCUGAGAAAGCUGGAGGAGAGGCCGGACGUGUCCCUGCUGGAACAGGAUCUCGAAUACCUUUCUGAAGGUUUGGAAGGCAGGUCCUCGAACCCGGUCGCGGUCCUCUUCGACACGCUGCUGCUGCCGGACGGGGAUUUCGGGCGGGACUACGCCUCCUCGCUGCAGUGGCGACGGGAGCGCGAGCGGAGCGUCCCGCACCUGGUGCUGGGGAAGGGGCCGCCUGGUGGAGCGUGGCAUGCCAUGGAGGGAUCAAUGCUGACCGUCAGCUUGGCAAACUGGAUGGAGCUGCCAGGCCUGAAGCUCAAAGACUGGGUCAGAGACAAACGCAGAAACCUGCGGAUCGACCGGGCCACCCCCGCUGAGAUCGCCUCGUACUACCAGCACUUUGUGUCUGAGACGGGCCUGCAGAGCAACUUUGUGAGCCACACCGUGGUGACGUCAGUGCGAAGGGCGCUCCGCAGCGAGGGCGGGUGCGGCUCUGUGGACCAGGAGCACGGAGAGCGUCCCGGGACGGCCUGGGAGGUGCGCGGCUACCAGAGAAGCAGCGGGGGCCUGGAGCUGCCCUUCGCGGUGAGUGCGGAGAACGUGGUGCUGGCCACUGGCACACACGACGAGCCCGCCAGGCUGGGGGUGGAGGGGGAGGACCUGCCCUUCAUCUGCCACAGCUUCUGGGAGUUUGAAGCUGCCAUCGCCAGGGGCCAGGUGGACCAGCACUCUGACCCGGUUCUGAUCGUGGGGGCCGGGCUGACCGCUGCGGACGGUGUGCUGACCGCUCACCACCUCAACACCCCCGUCUACCACGCCUUCCGCCGCGCCGUCACCGACCCCGCCCUCAUCUUCAACCAGCUGCCCAAGGUGCUGUACCCCGAGUACCACAAGGUGCACCAGAUGAUGCAGCAGCAGCAGCAGGAGGUGGGCGGCGGCUUCAUGGGGUCCUACCCGGGCUACGUCAGCUACCCCAAGCACCGCGUCGUGGCGUUCAAACCUGACCACAAGUGUGUGCUGGAGGGGGCCGGGGGCCGGCUGGUGCUGAAGAUAUCCAUAGCGCUCGUGCUCAUAGGAGCUCACCCUAACCUCUCUUUCCUCCAGGACAGCGGCAGGUACCUGGGCAUCGACCCCCAGCAGCCCAUCUCCUGCCGGGGAAACCCAGUGGAUGUCCACCCCUUCACCUACGAGUCUCUGCAGGAGCCUGGCCUCUUCGCCAUGGGCCCCCUAGUCGGGGAUAAUUUUGUGCGCUUCCUCAAAGGAGGGGCCCUGAGCAUCGCCAGCGCACUCUCAAAGCGCCGCAGCAAGGAGGGGGUUCUGUCCGAGAACAGCUCGGGAGAGGCGGGCUCUUGCAGCUCUUUGGACACAUAGGAAGGACGGAAUGGACUUUGGAAGAGUCUGGGAUCGCUGGCAUGCAGCAGUCCGAGGGGAGCAGUGCAGUGUGCUGCUGGACUCCUCGAAGGGCGCUGGGAAUGGCUUCAGGGUUUAGAGUCGCUGCUGUUUCGUUGAUCUCGCAAUGCAGAGCAUGAGGAGGACUGCUGGAGUCAAGUGGUAGUCGCUUUCGUCCAGCACCUCAUCAGUGAUGGCCAUUUCAUAUAGAGAAGAAUCAUCGGAGACCGGGACUGUUUAGUUGAAUGUUUUUCUGUGUUUGUAAACCGUCUUUUGUCUUGAUUUGUGGUUUGGGGAUGCUGUGUCUUCUGUGUGUAACAGCCUUUAAAAACAGAAAUGUUACUCAGAAAGGAAUAGCAAGAAAACCAGCAGAGUCCUGGGCUCUCUGCAUCUCCUGUCCAUCCGGCAGAGUCCUGGGCUUCCUGCAUCUCCUGUCCACCUCCUUUGGUGCCAGCACAGCUGAGCUUGUUGGCCGUCAAGCCUGGUAUGGAUUAGACUUAUCUAGAAUUAUGGAUAGAGAAGUCCUUGAAGUGUGGGAUCAGCAGAGUAAUUGCUAUGUGAGAAUGUGUUCAUGGUAAACCCACACCAGGGUUAUGAGUGUGUCAGUUUGAAGCCGAUGUCUCUCGUCGAUGCCUUCUUUCUGUGUUACUCUUUAAGGUAGUUUUGCUCGGGCUGUAGUCCAUGUCGGAGAACAUGUUCAUACUGAAGUAAAGAACACUGCCAGCUCAACCGGUUUCUGCUCCCGCUGAUGUGUUUUUGUAAUCUUUUACACAACGCUGUUGUUAGUUUUUCUCAAAACUUGCAAACAGUGAAGAAACAGAGCCUUAAUUUCUGGUGCAACAAGUUUGUUGUCUAAAUCUGUGCCAAUUGCAGUCUGUUUUUGGUAAUGCCUGCAAUAAAGUGGAACAAAACAUCUUGUAUUUUGGCUUGAGGAGACAAAAUCAGAGAUUUGUUCUCUGUUUGUAAUAAAGACAUAUUUUUAUAUUAAUUAAAAUAAAUAAAUAAAUGUGGAAGAAGCAUGCCGACUUUGGCUUUGUAUGGUGACGUGCCAAAUGAGCAGAUUGUAAAACUGAAGCCAAGGGUGCAUUUUCUGUAGCAGCUGUGCCCUGGGUUAUAGAGGAGCGCCUUGCCUGCCCCAGGAGAGGAGCUGAAAAACAGAAAUCCAGUCUAAUCUGCUGUGUGCCUGUACCUUCAGUGCUUUCUCAACCAUUGUUUUAUAUGCACUUCGAUUCUCAUCAAGGGUGUUGUGGUUUUUUUUUUAUAUAUAU